AUGCCAAAGACUAAGACAACAGAGUCAAGUAGAAGACAUGCAUUUGUGUCUUUCAGGGACAGGGUGGACUCAAUCAAAAUUGAGCCCAACAAAAGACUUGAUAAAAGAGUUCACGAUGAAGUUGAGUCCUCGCAUUUGCUAACCACAUUAGAACACUGGGAUGAGCUUAAUUUAUCGGAGACAUACACUGAACUCUCUUCUAACAUUACAAACUACUGUCAGUCUUUACCACAAGUGCUACAUCAUAAGCAAAAAAUUUACGAAGCAAUAUACCUCGCGAUACAAAAGAAUGACAUACACUCUCUACAAGCAUGUUUAGAGCUUUUGAGUCAAUUUAUCCAUGACUUGGGUCCGGACUUCCUACCAUUCUAUGACAGGACAUUACACUUGUUAGUUGAAGUGGUAUUGAUGCAAACCCCCAACGAUGUGCAAAAUAAUCGAAAUACCUCAAAUGCAUUGAAUUGGAUUUUCACCACAUUGGCAUUUGCUUUCAAGUACUUGGUGAAGAGCUUGAUACAGGACUUGCAACCAACUUUUGCUGGUCUUUUGCCAUUGUUGACUUUGAGAAACAAGGAUUACAUCUCGAGAUUUUGUGCUGAGGCACUUUCGUACCUUGUCCGCAAACUGAACGUUGACACACUUCGAAAGUUUAUUCAUUAUUCAAUUUACGAAAAUAUCGACAAUGUGACGUCCAAUGAUCAAUACUCGGAAUCGUUGAAGGUGUUGUUUAGCGAGUCGAUGAAGAGUACUAGGGGCUCGUUCCACACAAAGUCGAAACUUAUAUUGACUAUAUUGAUGGAGUGUAUUGUUUCUGAGAUCAACGAGGAGCACCAGCCGCAAGUCACGUCGUUGGUGUCUGAUAUUUUGUUGGAUGUGUUGCAUCAUGGUGAACAAGAGGCGUGUUUGGAGUUUUACAAAUUGGUAUCGGGAGCUGUAUUGGAGAUGAUUAAUGGUAAUAGCAGCAAUCUCACAUUGUUGAUGUCAAGUCAGCUACUCUCGACGUUGUGUUUUGCCGACUCUGGAAGAAAAGUUGGCGAUUGGAGUAGUGUAUUGAGCGUCGUGGAUGAAAUUCUUGCCAUGACCGCGACCGUGACCAUGCAUGAAACAUCACUAGAAUUGACUGAAUCGUUGGUGUACUUGAUGACUAUCAUUUUCAGGAAUGUUGACAUCCAAACACUUAUGUCGCGUCACAAGAAAUACUUUGACGCAAUGUACAACUUGAACCAUGGGUUGAGUUUUUUACCUUUUGCUCAUGCAGCAUUGGCAGUUGCCAGUGAAAAAGUGAAAAACUUUGGAAUCAACAAACACAUUCAAAUGUACAUAAACAAUGCAGAUACGGUGGAAAAAUUACAACUAGUCGUGUUGUUCUUGGUGAAGCAGAAACCUAUUGGGAAGUCAAGUUUCACGAUACCAGAGAAAAUUCUGGAAUUGCAAUAUCAAUAUAUUGUACUGGCGUUGGAGUUGGAAGAUUACCAACAGAUUUAUUGGAGGUUGUUGGUUGUCAAACAUGCUGCAAAUGUAGUAUUCGAUGCAUCGCUUUUGGUACAAUUGAUGAAAUGUGCACCACGUUCGAGUAUCGGGAGAGAGAUUGUUGCUUUGGCUAUUGAGUUCUUGGCGCCACAGCUUGAAAAGUCGGCACCAAUCACUCAUGAAUUAACCCUGUUCAUUUUGGGCUCAUUUGACAAGUUUAGUCAAUCAUUGAACUUUUUACCAGCAAUAUCAGAAUUCAUAAAAGUUGUUGAUGUACCGCAGCAGUUUUUGAGUCCAGCAUUGGAAUGCUUGCUUUUGCCAAGUCAUGAUACCAGAUCACAUGCCAUUGAUCUUAUUGAAUCCAUUCACAAAAUAGAGGGAAAGCCCAUUUCACCAAUAUUUCUGCAAAUCAAGUUAAUUGAGCAGAUACCAUUGACAAUUGAAACAGGCCGAGACAUUAUGCUUCGAGUUCGUAAUUUAGGAGCCGAGCUUCUGAAGGAAGUGAAGCCGAGCCAAUUUGACAAAACUGCUACAAUCAAUUUUCUAUUUGGAUUAUUGUCCAACAAGUUUCAGCCUAGUUGGAAAGCUGUGUUGGAUGCUAUUCCAUUGCUAGCAAGCACCUGCAAAAGAGAAAUAUGGGAAAACGCACUCAAGUUUUUGAUGAUGGAUUACGAACAUGACGAUCAGUUGGAGCAAGUCUCUUCUGAAGUAAAAUCGAGUUUGAUAUCUUGGCAACCAAGAAAUUACAGAUUGUAUCAGAAUUUUGAAUCCUUUGAAAACACCAACUUGGUUUAUUUUAGAGAUGUUGAGAGUUCAAUCUGCAGUGUGGCUCAAAGUGCCUACCAACAAAAUGAGUUUGAGGGGCUAAUUCGUUCAAACACUUUACAUGUUCUUCAAAGUGCACCAUCUGUUGUGGAUGCGCCUAAGCUUGUUGGAUUUUUGCUUGAUGGGAAUCAGCAUGUUGUGUACCAAAAAUGGUCCAAGAGCGACAAAAACGAUUACUUGGCAUUGUUGGCAAAAGUUAAGAGCUUGCGAAAGAUGGGCAACAGUGAGGAAUUGUUCAAAUACAUGUUGGACUUGUUAACAAGCACUUACACGAAGGUCCAACAACUAUCGCUUGAUGUCAUUUUUGCAUUCAAUGAUUCGAUCAUCAAUAAGCAUAGGGACGUUUUGAAGAACUUGUUAGAUGAUAUGACCUUCAGUGACGAAUUGGCAAAGUUUACCUCGGUUGACUGUCAAAUUGAAAGUGAGGAUAAACAACACAUUAUGCCAUUGGUUAUAAGGAUAUUGUUUGGAAAGUUUCAAGGUAAACCAGCAAGUAAAAGCAAACAUGGUGGUAAGAAUGCUGUUCUUUUGUCCUUGCCAAAUUUUGAAGAUGAAGAAAUAGCAAAGUUUAUUGAGAUUGGUGCAAACAAGAUAAAUUACAAGGAAUAUUUCGAAAAAAGAAUGUCAACAGCUAGUUUGGGGUUUGAUAACGGUGAAUUGAAAAAAAUCACCGGGUUCAUCAAUCUACUUCAACAAGUGUAUGACGUUUUCAAAAAGAAUCGUGUGUCUGUUUUGGCCACCACCAUUGAACCCCUCAUCUAUUCACUUUUAUGUGCACAGAAUAGAAUUGACUGUGGUAUGGAAGGCGAAGAUCCAAUCAUGGAUAAGAUGGUGAGAAAUAUCAGACUGACGGGAAUGAGAAGUUUGAAGGAACUCUUCUAUAUUCUUGGGCCACUGUUUGACUGGACUCCAUAUGUCAGUGUUGUCACUAAUGAUUUGAUUGCUCCAAGACUUCCCAAGUUUGCAAGCGAGAAUUUGCAACAACCUCUGGCUGUGUUGACCUUGAUGUGUUUUUGGAUACAGCUGCCAAACACUUUAUCCUUUUUAUUUGCCAACGAUUUUGAUGCAGUAAAGGCAAUUUUGUCACUUUUGGAAAGACAAGAAGCAAAAGAAACUGUGAUAUCAGUCGUAUUGGAUUUUGCAGUUACGGCCUUAGAGAAGAGGAAUGAUUCCGAGGAUAAUUAUUUUACCUUGUUGGCAAUUGUGGUGGACUCUUUGCUCCAAACUUUGUCAUCGACUAUCAACAGAAUACUUGACCCUGAUGUGGGCUCAAAAGCAAUCAGAACCCUUUUACUCAUGAUACAAGGGGAUUACAUUGAUACCAAGGAAACCAAGUCGGCCUUAAUUCAAUCAUUGACAUUUGCACUCGAGCGCAACAACCAACAGAUUGAUAUUGCAGAUAAAUCAAACAUCCUUAUUGCCUUGGCGUCAUUAUUGGGAGGAUACGAGUGCACAUUUGAUGAAAUAUUGCCCUUGUAUCAAGCGUGCUCAAAACUUCUCAGAAUUGUGUCCACAAAGGAUGUUCGUGAGACAUUGGCAUCAUUAUUUGGGGUCCUUGGAUCCAAAUUUGAGCGUUUGCAAGUGGUGUCACUGAUAAUUCUCGGGUUGAAUGCCUACACUUCAAGAAUGAAUGAGUAUGAUUUUGAAAAGAGGCUUGAUGCAUAUCGAUUGGUGAAUGAAGAACUUUACCUUUCAUUUGAUCCUGUCCAGUGGUUGCCAUUGAUUGGCAAUGCGUUGUUUAAUAUUAAUGAUCCUACUGAGUUGGCAAUACGUGUAAAUGCCGGCUACCUAUUGAGAAGAUUUGUUGAUUGUUAUAGCUCGAAACUGUCUGUGGAUGAGGCUCAGCCAUAUAUUCAUUUAUUGAAGGAUACAAUUCUCCCAAUUGUGAGAAUAGGUAUUAGAAAAGAUAAUGAAGACGUUCAAAAUGAAUAUGUUGCCGUUUUGGAAUAUAUUGUCAAGAAUGACAAGUAUUAUCCUGAUUUGAAAGAUUUGCAAGUAUUGAUUGGAAACGAGGAUGACGAAGAGCUGCAAUUCUUCCGCAACAUAAACCACAUUCAAUUGCAUCUACGCCAAAAGUGUAUUCGAAGAUUGGGUAGUGUGGCCGGUGCUCUUAAUGGAAACAACGUAUCGCAUUACAUUCUACCAUUGUUGGAAAAGUAUGCUAUUUCAAAGGAGGAAAAGUAUAGAAACAUUGGGCUUGAAGCUUUAGAAGCGAUAAAAACGCUAGUCCGUUCAAUCAAUUGGAGUCAAUACAAAGCCAUCCUCAAACGUUAUUUAGCGGGUCUCAAAAUGGACUCCGAAGUGUUGAGACAACGUGUGAACUUGGUGGUGGCAAUUUCAGCGGUUUUGAAAGAUCACAAGGAAAAUGGCACUUUGCAUAAUGUUGCCACUCAAGAAGAUAUUGAUGAGUUUCUAUUUGUUGAUGUCUUGCCACAGAUUGCCAAGAUUUUGCAAGUCAGAGAUGAUGAUACGAUAGUUGCGCGUGCUCCUUUAGGUGAAGCGGCAAUCAACUUAAUUUUGUCCCUUUCGGAUGACAAAGUUGAGGGUGCUCUUCCUUCAGUGUUGACAAGCAUGUGUCAAGUUAUGAGAUCUAGAUCAGAGGAAUUGAGAGAUGCUGUGAGAAAGACUUUGGGCAAGAUUGCUAUUGCAUUGGGUGCUACUUAUUUUUCGUUUAUUGUUAAGGAGUUGAAAACGGCAUUAUCAAGAGGGUCACAAAUACAUGUUCUCAGUUUCACUGUCCAUUACCUUUUGCAAUGUUUGGCAAAUGUUUUACAGCAUGGCGACUUGAAUGGGUCUAUUUCGUUAACGAUUGAUAUUGCAAUGGAAGAUAUAUUUGGGGCAGCUGGGCAGGAAAAGGAUGCGGAUGGGUACACGAGCAAGAUGAAGGAGGUCAAGUUCAAAAAGAGUUUUGACACUUGUGAGAUAUUGGCGUCUAAUAUCUCGCUUGACCAUUUUGGUGAGUUGAUCACUCCAAUCAAGCUUUUACUUCAAGAGACAAUCAAUCAUAAAGUCCAAGUGCAGUUGGACGAAGUGCUUCGAAAACUAUCACUUGGAUUAAAUCAUAAUACUGAAGCUUCAAAGCAAUCAAUCUUGCAUUUGUGUUAUGAAAUUUUCACCAUGGCGAGCGAAGCUGAUCCAACUCAACAAAUAACUCAGCCCAGUGUAUCGGAGCAGCAUUUCUUGACAACAUUGAGCAGAAAGACAAAGUCUCAUGUUGAUCGACUGAUUUAUGUACAAACAAUGCAGAAACUUUCUUUAGAGUUGUUGAGAACUGCAAUUUCAAGGCACGAGAAUUUACUCCUCACUUCUAACUUGAAAGGAUUUGUGCCAUUGUUGACAACUGCAAUCAACUCUGAAGGUGAAGGAGUAGUUUUGGCUUCAUUGAGAGUCUUGACGAUUAUUGUUAGGCUACCAUUCGAUGAAGAGAGUCAAGGAGUUUUGAAGACUUGUGUUCGGAAAGCCUUGGUUUUGAUAAAGGACUCACCUACUACAAAUCUGGAUGUGUGUCAGGCAGCUCUAAAAUUCAUGGCUACUACUAUAAAACACAAUCCAAAAGUGGUGUUGAAAGAUUCUGCUAUAAGCUAUGUUUUGACUCGAAUCCAGCCCGACUUGGAAGAGCCCAAUCGGCAAGGUUUAGCAUUCCAGUUUUUGAAGGCAAUUGUUGCACAACAUUUGCUCUUGCCGGAAAUUUAUGAUGUGAUGGACAGUGUUACAAAGUUGAUGAUUGUUAAUCAUUCAAAAGAGAUUCGUGAUAUGUCAAGGUCGAUAUAUUUCCAAUUUUUGAUGGAGUAUGAUCAAGGAAAGGGAAGAUUGGAGAAACAGUUUAAGUUUUUGGUCAACAACUUGACCUAUCCUACUGAAGAAGGUCGUCAAUCGGUUAUGGAACUUAUCCAUUUAAUCAUAUUAAAAGCGGGACCAGAGUUGUUGGAAAAGUUGGCAUCGUCAUUUUUCAUUGCAUUAGCAAACAUUCUCGUGUCAGAUGAUUCUUCAAGAUCUAGGGAAAUGGCAAAUGCAUUGUUGAUGAGUAUGAUGAGGAAAUUGAACAAUCUUGACUUUAUUGAGAAAUAUUGUAUGGCAUGGUUACAGCAAACAUCAAAUGUUUUGUUGAAAAGAUGUGGAUUCCAAGUUUACAAAAUGUUGAUAUCGGUAUUUGGAAUGAAACAAUUCCAAAAUUUGAACAAGUUGGUAUUGGACAAUAUAAUGAGGAUUCUUGCCGAUUCCAAAUUUACGGAAGAGGGAAGCAGUGUUGAGUGGGAAGUAGUCUACUCGAGCUUGUCGGUUUUUGGAGCUAUUGUUUCUAGUGUUAAAGACCAGAUCUACGAACUGAAAUAUGGCAAAGUUUGGGAUUUGGUGAUUGAUUGUUUGUUGUAUCCCCAUUCUUGGAUUAGAUUGAUUUCUUGUCGUUUGACUUCAGUCUUGCUUUCCAAAAUCGACAAGAGCAAAUUGAGCAAUGACAAGUUGGAACUUAUCGCGACGAGACUUAUUCAUCAAUUGCGUACGCCUUCACUCUCUGAAGAGUUGGGUACAUUGUGCAUUAAGAACUUGACAUAUAUUGCCGUCAAAUGGGAAGACACCAGCGCACAGCUUGCAGCUGGUGACAAUGGGGAAACUCAAUACGCCAAUGAUUUCUUGAUCAAAAAGGUUUGUGGCAUCAUCAAGCAGGAAAACCAAUCAAGUACCGCUAAAAAGAUGUCAAUCAAGUUCCUAAUCUUGUUCAUUCAAUUGACAAAGGAAGACCGUAUGAUUGAAGUUUCGGAAAAAAUCAUUGAUUCAUUGUACAACUUCACUGAUGAAGAAUAUUGCCAAUCGUUAUCUGAUGAUGAAUUGACCAAUAUGAGUUUGCAAGCAUUGAAUAUGGUUCAGGAGAAAAUCGGUACUACUGAGUAUACCCGAUUAUUCGCUAAAGUUAGGCAACAAGUUGAUGCCAGAAGAAAAACGAGAAAAGCCAGGAGAUCACAAAUGGCUGUCACUGCCCCUGAUAUUGCUGCUAAACGGAAGUUCAAAAAGCAUGAGAGAGUGCGGGAGAAGAGAAAGCAUGAAAAGGAUGAAAAUGGGUACUACAAACCAAAGAAGAAGAGAGUUAGAUAG